CGCAGCGGGGACACCAUGGCCACUGGCUGCGUGCUGGACGAGGAGGAAACUCUGAAGAAGUUGAUAGUCAGGCUGAACAAUGUCCAGGAAGGCAAGCAGAUAGAAACGCUGGUUCAGAUCCUGGAGGACAUGCUGGUGUUCACGUACUCCGAACACGCCUCCAAGCUAUUUGAAGGCAAAAAUUUCCACGUGUCUCUGCUGAUCGUCCUGGACUCGUACAUGCGAGUCGCAAGUGUGCAGCAGGUGGGUUGGUCACUGCUAUGCAAAUUAAUAGAAGUCUGUCCAGGUACAAUGCAAAGCUUAAUGGGACCCCAUGACAUUGGAAAUGAUUGGGAAGUCCUUGGUGUUCACCAACUGAUUCUUAGAAUGCUGACAGUCCAUCAUGCCAAUGUGAGCCUGUCAACAAUUGGGCUGAAGGCCUUAGACCUCCUCCUAACUUCUGGUAAAAUCACUUUGCUGAUACUGGAUGAAGAAAGUGAUGUUUUCCUGUUAAUUUUUGGUGCCAUGCGUACAUACUCAGCCAAUGAUGAAGUGCAGAAGCUUGGAUGCAGAGCCUUACAUGUGCUGUUUGAGAGAGUUUCUGAGGAACAACUAAUUGAAUUUGUUGAGAACAAAGAUUAUAUGAUAUUACUAAGUGUAUUAAAGAGUUUUAAUGAUGAAGAGGAAAUUGUGUUUCAUGUACUGCACUGCUUACAUUCCCUAGCAAUUCCCUGCAAUAAUGUUGAAGUCCUCAUGAGUGGCAAUGUCAGGUGCUAUAAUAUUGUGGUAGAAGCUAUGAAGACAUUCCCUACCAAUGAAAAAAUUCAAGAAGUGAGUUGCUGCUUGCUCCAUAGGCUUACAUUGGGUAAUUUUUUCAAUAUUCUGGUCUUAAAUGAGGUCCAUGAGUCUGUGGUCAAAGCUGUGAGGAGGCACCCAGAGAACGCAGUGCUGCAGAUCUCAGCGCUCAGCUGCUUGGCGCUCCUCACUGAGACCAUUUUUCUGAACCAAGACUUAGAGGAAAGGAAUGAGAAUCAGGAGAAUGCGGAGGAGGAAGAGGAUAAGUUGUUUUGGCUGGAAGCCUGCUACAAAGCCUUAACGAGGCACAGAAAGAACAAGCACGUGCAGGAGGCUGCAUGCUGGGCGCUAAAUAAUCUCCUUAUGUACCAAAGCAGUUUACACGAGAAGAUUGGAGAUGAAGAUGGCCAGCUCCCAGCCCACAGGGAGGUGAUGCUGUCCAUGCUUAUGCACUCAUCAUCCAAAGGUGUUGUCCAGGCAUCUGCAAAUGCAUUGUCUACUCUCUUGGAACAAAAUGUCAAUUUCAGAAAAAUCCUGUUGUCAAAAGGAAUACACCUGAAUGUUUUAGAGUUAAUGCAGAAACACAUUCACUCUCCUGAAGUGGCUGAAAGUGGCUGUAAAAUGCUGAAUCAUCUUUUUGAAGAAAGCAACACUUCCCUGGAUAUAAUGGUUGCAGUGGUCCCCAAAAUAAUAACAGUUAUGAAAAUCCACGAGAAUGCUGUAUCAGUCCAGCUGGAGGCACUUCGAGCUGUCUUACAUUUCAUAGUACCAGGUAUGCCAGAAGAAUAUAGGGAUGAAUCUCAACGUAAGCUAAAUAUGGUUAGAAAACAAUGUUUCAGAAGUGACAUUCACAGACUUGUUCUGGCAACUUUGAACAGGUUCAUUGGAAAUCCUGGCAUUCAGAAAUGUGGAUUGAAACUAAUGUCUUCUCUAGCACACUUUCCUGAAGUGGUAGAUAUGUUGUCUUUGCAUGGUGCUCUGGAUUCGGUGCUUCACAUACUACAGAUGUAUCCAGAUGACCAAGAAAUUCAGUGUCUGGGGUUAAGCCUUAUAGGAGACUUGAUUACAAAGAAGAAUUUAUGCACAGGAACAGGGCACCUGCUGGCAAAAAUUCUGGUUUCCAGUUUACAGAGAUUUAAAGAUGUUUUUGAAUUGCAGAUUACAGGGUUUCAGACAAUCUUGGCAAUCCUUGACUUGUCAGCAUCUUUCUCCAAACUGCUGGUGCAUCAUUCCCUGGAUUCAGUAAUAUUCCAUCAGAUGGCUUCCAGUGUUCUGGAGCAAAAGGAUCAACAGCUUCUAAACCUGUGUUGCAAGUGCUUUUCAAAACUGGCUGUGGAUGAUCAGCUAAAAAGUGUGAUGCUGGAGAGAGCAUGUGAACAGAACAACAGCAUCAUGGUGGAAUGCUUGCUUCUUCUGGGUGCUGAUGCCAACCAAGCGAAGGACACAACUUCUUUAGUGUAUCGGGUAUGUGAGAAAGAGAGCAGCCCUAAAUUGGUGGAAUUAUUGCUGAAUAGUGGAUGUCGUGAGCAAGAUGUACGGAAAGCACUGACAGUAAGCAUCCAGAAAGGUGACAGCCAGGUCAUCAGUUUGCUCUUGAAGAGGCUUGCCUUGGAUUUGGCCAACAAUAGCAUUUGCCUUGGAGGCUUUUGCAUGGGAAAAAUUGAACCUUCUUGGCUUGGUCCUUUAUUUCCAGAUAAGACAUCAAAUUUAAGAAAACAAACAAAUAUAGGAUCAUUACUAGCAAGAACCGUGCUCCGAUAUCAGAAGAAAAGUGCUAUGGAUGAAGCAGCAGCCUCAGACAGUGAUGUCAACUAUCCUGAUGAUGUUCUUCAGAAAUUUGAUGACUGGAUCUUCAUUCCUGACUCUUCUGUGGACAGUGUGUUUGGCCAAAGCGAUGAUCUGGAUAGUGAAGGAAGUGAAAAUUCAUUUCUUGUGAAAAGAAAGUCAAAUUCAGUUAGUGCAGGAGAAUUUUGCAGAGAUCCUACCUUGCAGCACUACUCUCCAAAUUUGCAAAGGCAUUCUAAUUCACUGGGUCCUAUUUUUGAUCAAGAAGACUUACUGAAGCAAAAACGAAAAAUACUGUCUUCAGAUGAUUCACACAGAUCUUCAAAACUUCAAUCCCAAAUGAGGAAUUCAGACAGCAUUUCUUCCCUGGCUUCUGAGAGAGAACAUAUUACAUCAUUAGACCUUUCAGCCAAUGAACUCCAAGACAUUGAUGCCCUCAGCCAGAGAUGCUGUAUCACUGGCCACCUGGAGCAUCUGACAAAGCUGGAGCUUCAUCAGAAUGCACUCACAGGCUUCCCACAACUGCUCUGUGAAACUCUAAAGUGUCUGACACAUUUGGAUUUGCACAGUAAUAAACUUACAUCGUUUCCCUCUUACUUGUUGAAAAUGACUUGUAUCACCAACCUUGAUGCCUCUCGAAAUGACAUCGGACCUUUCAUAGUUUUAGACUCCACAGUGAAGUGCCCAUCCCUGAAACAGCUGAACCUGUCAUACAACCAGCUCUCUGCUACUCCUGAGAACCUUGCUGAUGUGGUGGAGAAGCUCGAACAGCUUAUUUUAGAAGGAAAUAAAAUAUCUGGGAUAAGUUCUCCUUUGAACCUAAAGGAACUGAAGAUUUUAAACCUUAAUAAAAACCACAUUUCAUCCCUGCCUGACAACUUUUUUGAAGCUUGUCCCAAAGCGGAGAGUUUCAGUGCCAGAAUGAACUAUCUAGCUGCUAUGCCUUUUUUACCUUCUUCUAUAACAAGCCUAAAAUUAUCUCAAAACAAGUUUACAAACAUUCCAGAUACAAUUUUAAUCCUACCACACUUACGGUCCUUGGAUAUGAGCCACAAUAACAUAGAACUUCUGCCAGGUCCCACACAUUGGAAAUCUCUGAACUUAAGGGAACUCAUAUUUAGCUAUAACCAGAUUAGCAUCUUGGACUUGAGUGAAAAAGCACACACAUGGGCUAGAGUAGAGAAAUUGCAUCUCUCUCAUAAUAAACUGAAAGAGAUUCCUCCUGAGAUUGGUUUUCUUGAAAAUCUGACAUCAUUUGAUGUUAGUUACAACUUGGAGCUAAGAUCCUUUCCCAAUGAAAUGGGGAAAUUGAGCAAAAUAUGGGAUCUUCCUUUGGAUGAAUUGCAUCUCAAUUUUGAUUUUAAAUAUAUAGGUUGUAAAGCCAAAGACAUCAUAAGGUUUCUUCAACAGCGAUUAAAAAAGUCUGUACCUUAUAAUCGAAUGAAACUUAUGAUUGUGGGAAAUACUGGGAGUGGUAAAACCACCUUAUUGCAACAAUUAAUGAAAAUCAAGAAAUCAGACCUUGGAAUGCAGGGUGCAACAGUUGGCAUAGAUGUGAAAGACUGGCUUAUCCAUAUAAAAGGCAAAAGAAAGAAGGACCUUGUUCUAAAUGUGUGGGACUUUGCAGGUCGUGAGGAAUUCUACAGUACUCAUCCUCACUUCAUGACACAGCGGGCAUUGUACCUUGCUGUCUAUGACCUCAGCAAAGGGCAGGCAGAAGUGGAUGCUAUGAAGCCCUGGCUCUUCAACAUAAAGGCUCGUGCUUCCUCUUCCCCUGUGAUUCUUGUGGGCACACAUUUGGAUAUUUCUGAUGAGAAACAGCGGAAAGCCUGCAUAGGCAAAAUCACCAAAGAACUCUUAAAUAAACGAGGAUUCCCUGCAAUCCGAGAUUAUCACUUUGUGAAUGCUACUGAGGAAUCUGAUGCUUUGGCAAAACUUCGGAAAACCAUCAUAAAUGAGAGUCUUAAUUUCAAGAUCCGAGAUCAGCCUGUUGUUGGGCAGCUCAUUCCAGAUUGCUACGUAGAACUUGAGAAAAUCAUUUUAUCUGAGCGUAAAUAUGUGCCAAUUGAAUUUCCCAUAAUUGACCAGAAACGUUUAUUACAACUAGUGAAAGAAAAUCAGCUACAGUUGGAUGAAAAUGAACUUCCCCAUGCCAUUCAUUUCCUUAAUGAAUCAGGGGUCCUUCUUCAUUUUCAAGACCCGGCACUUCAGUUAAGUGACUUAUAUUUUGUGGAACCCAAGUGGCUGUGCAAAGUCAUGGCGCAGAUUUUGACAGUAAAAGUGGAAGGCUAUCCAAAACAUCCAAAAGGAAUUAUUUCACGUAGAGAUGUGGAAAAAUUUCUUUCAAAGAAAAAGCGAUUUCCAAGGAAUUACAUGACCCAGUACUUUAAACUCUUGGAAAAAUUCCAGAUUGCCUUGCCGUUAGGAGAAGAAUAUUUGUUGGUUCCAAGCAGUUUAUCUGACCACAGACCUGUGAUAGAACUUCCUCAUUGUGAGAACUCUGAAAUUAUCAUUCGGCUAUAUGAAAUGCCCUAUUUUCCAAUGGGAUUUUGGUCAAGACUAAUCAAUCGAUUACUUGAAAUUUCUCCUUUCAUGCUUUCAGGGAGAGAUCGAGCACUUCGCCCAAACAGAAUGUACUGGCGACAAGGUAUCUACUUGAAUUGGUCUCCUGAAGCUUAUUGCCUGGUAGGAUCUGAAGUCUUAGAUAAUCACCCUGAAAGUUUCUUGAAAAUUACAGUUCCAUCUUGUAGGAAAGGCUGUAUUCUUUUGGGCCAAGUGGUGGACCACAUUGAUUCUCUCAUGGAAGAAUGGUUUCCUGGAUUGCUAGAGAUUGAUAUUUGUGGUGAAGGAGAAACUCUGUUAAAGAAAUGGGCAUUAUAUAGUUUUAAUGAUGGUGAAGAACAUCAAAAGAUCCUCCUUGAUGACUUGAUGAAGAAAGCAGAAGAAGGAGAUCUUCUAGUAAAUCCAGAUCAGCCAAGGUUCACUAUUCCAAUAUCUCAAAUUGCUCCUGACUUGAUUUUGGCUGACCUGCCUAGAAAUAUCAUGCUGAAUAAUGAUGAGUUGGAAUUUGAGCAAGCUCCAGAGUUUCUACUAGGUGAUGGGAGUUUUGGGUCAGUUUAUCGAGCAGCCUAUGCAGGAGAGGAAGUGGCUGUGAAGAUUUUUAAUAAACACACAUCACUUAGGCUGUUAAGACAAGAGCUGGUGGUGCUCUGUCACCUCCACCAUCCCAGCUUAAUAUCUCUGCUGGCAGCUGGGAUACGUCCUCGGAUGUUGGUGAUGGAGUUGGCCUCCAAGGGUUCUUUGGAUCGCCUGCUUCAGCAGGACAAAGCCAGCCUCACCAGGACCCUCCAGCACAGGAUUGCACUGCAUGUGGCUGAUGGCUUGAGAUAUCUCCACUCAGCCAUGAUUAUAUACCGUGACCUGAAGCCCCACAAUGUGCUCCUUUUUACUCUCUAUCCCAAUGCAGCCAUCAUUGCAAAGAUCGCAGACUAUGGGAUUGCACAGUACUGCUGUAGAAUGGGGAUAAAAACGUCAGAGGGCACCCCAGGAUUCCGUGCACCUGAAGUUGCCAGAGGAAAUGUCAUUUAUAAUCAACAAGCUGACGUUUAUUCAUUUGGCUUGCUUCUCUAUGACAUUUUGACAACAGGAAGUAGAAUAGCAGAGGGUUUAAAGUUUCCAAAUGAGUUUGAUGAAUUAGCAAUACAAGGAAAAUUACCUGAUCCAGUUAAAGAAUAUGGUUGCGCCCCAUGGCCAAAGGUUGAGAAGUUAAUUAAAAAGUGUUUGAAAGAAAAUCCUCAAGAAAGGCCUACUUCUGCCCAGGUCUUUGACAUUUUGAAUUCGGCUGAAUUAAUUUGUCUCAUGAGACAUAUUUUAAUACCUAAAAACAUUACUGUUGAAUGCUUAGUUGCAACAAACCCUACCAGCAAGAACGCAAGCAUUUGGCUGGGCUGUGGGCACACUGACAAUGGUCAGCUCUCUUUUCUUGACUUAAACACAGAAGGAUACAACCAUGAGGAAGUUACAGAUAGCAGAAUACUUUGCUUGGCUUUGGUGCAUCUUUCUGCUGAAAAAGAGAAUUGGAUUGUGUGCGGAACACAGUCUGGUGUUCUUCUGGCCAUCAAUACUGAAGAUGAGACAAAGAGACAUACCCUUGAAAAGAUGUCUGAUUCUGUUACUUGUUUGUAUUACAAUUUAUUCUGCAAGCAGAGCAAGCAAAAAAAUUUUCUUCUGGUGGGAACUGCUGAUGGUAAUUUAGCAAUUUUUGAAGACAAGACUGUUAAGUGUAAAGGAACUGCUCCCUUGAAGAUACUACGUGUGGGGGAUAUCAGCACACCACUAAUGUGCUUGACUGAGUCCACAAAUUCAUCUGAAAGAAACAUCAUGUGGGGAGGAUGUGGCACAAAGGUUUUCUCACUUUCUAGUGAUUUCACUAUUCAGAAACUCAUUGAGACAAGGACAAAUUCAAUGUUUUCUUAUGCAGCUUUCAGUGAUUCCAACAUCAUAGCAGUGGUGGUAGACACAGUUCUCUAUAUUGCCAAGAAAAACAGCCCUGUGGUGGAAGUGUGGGAUAAGAAGACAGAAAAACUCUGUGAACUGAUAGACUGUGUGCACUUUUUAAAGGACAUAAUGGUCAAUAUGAACAAGGAAUCAAAGCAUAAGAUGUCUUAUCUUGGGAGAGUGAAAGCCCUCUGCCUUCAGAAGAACACAGCUCUCUGGAUAGGAACUGGAGGAGGCCACAUCUUACUCCUGGAUCUUUCAACUCGACAACUUAUACGUGUCAUUAACAACUUUUGUGAUUCCAUUAGAGUCAUGGUACCAGCACAGCUAGGAAGCCUUAAAAAUGUCUUGCUGGUUUUGGGGUAUAAGCGGAAAAGUACUGAAGGUACUCAACAACAAAAAGAAAUACAAUAUUGCUUGUCUAUAUGGGACAUCAAUCUUCCACAUGAAGUACAAAAUCUAGGAAAACACAUUGAAGUGAGGACAGAAUUAACUGAAAAAAUGAGAAGAACAUCUUUUGAAUAAGAGCCUAGCACAGAUAUCUCUGCCAUUGAAUUUAAGAUUUGUUUCCCUCUCAUUUAAAUACUUCUUUAACAAUGUUUACAUUGAAAAGGGUAUUUUCACUCUUAUAAAUAGCUUGUAUGUAUAUGAAGGAAUGUUUAUAUGUUUUAUGUUUAAUUUAUGUAUAUGUAAAAAUAGUUACCAAUGAAAGUGUGUUCCUAAAAGCUAUUUAAAAUA